AACAGUGAAACAGUGCGUCACGUGUCAGCUGUCGCAAAAUGCUGCGCCCAAGGUACCCUUGUUGUCGUGGGGUUGGCCUAAGCGUAGAUGGGAGAGAGUGCAUAUAGACUAUGCGUAUCGCGAUCAGCAAUGGUUUCUUGUGCUGGUGGACGCCCAUUCUAAAUGGAUUGAAGUGUUUGUGAUGAACAGUACUAGUAGUGAGAAGACCGUGGAAAAACUGCGCAGUGUGUUUGCGGCAUACGGGCUACCGGAAGAGGUAGUGACCGAUAAUGGGCCUCAAUUCACAUCAGCAGAUUUCGAACUCUUUUUGAGUAGGAAUGGCGUCCUACACAGCAAGUCUCCGCCCUACCAUCCCGCCUCCAAUGGCAGCGCGGAACGCUGCGUACAAACCGUGAAAAAGGCUUUGUUUAAACAAGUGCUGGACGAGCAGAGAAGCGGCCAUGCGAAGUCUCUGCAACAUCGCGUCGAUCAGUUCCUAUUUAGUUACAGGAACACACCCACUGGGACAACCGAUGAAACUCCGGCCCAGCUGUUCCUGUCCUGGAGGCCCAGAACAAGACUGAGUCUGCUGCACCCCGACAUAGAGCAACGAAUGAAAAAGAGACUCGAGCGAACCAAAGAAUACGCAGACCAGCACCGGGGGCCCUGGAGAGAGUUCACUGAGGGUGACCAAGUUAUAAUAAAAGGCUUACGGGCCGGAGAUUCCAAAUGGCUGACGGGCACAAUAAGCAAGCGUGUGAGCCCAGCUACGUAUCUGGUUUGGGUUGGGGGGGAAGAGCGGUACAUUCAUGCUGACAACCUGCGGCCAAGAUCAUUUCAGGCUGACCUGAGGACACCUAACCGACUGGAGCAGUUUUCGGACAUCGAGACCGAUACGGCUACAACUGACAAUGAAUCACCUGACGACCAUGACCCGGCACAAGCAGAGAACGGAGCCGCGACACCACGGGCACCUGACCCAGGCCGCAGCAUGCCCAGUGCUGUGACUGUUGGUCCCAAUGCCCCACUAUCGGACAACCGGGCCUCCAGACUGGAAGCUCCGCCGGCUUCUCCACUCUUGCCUCGGCGCAGCACACGGCCAAGCCGACCCCCAGAGCGCUACAAGCCGUAG